UGUUCCACUAUGGCAGCUGUUUUGUGUCGUGUUCAGUUGACAUCCAAAGAGCCAGAUACACGGUACUGGAAAACAUAAGCAUUAUGUGAGUGUUUCUGGUCAUAUUGAGUUUUUGUGACAGACAACCCAGAUGUCAAACUUUAUCCCCAUGGUGUCAUCCUCGCCUCCUCCUUUAGAAGAUGGGGGAGGGUUCAAUGACUGGGAUGAUGAAGAUGAUGACUUUGGGACAUUUGCAACUGCCACAAUUGGAAAUGAUUUCCAAUCCUUUUCUGACCAAUCUUCAGCUGAUCAAUGGAAUAACAUUCCUAAUAUGCCAUCACCUCCAAAUUGUGAUUUUGGAAAAUUUGCUGAUUUCAGCAACUUUUCCAGUGACUCAAAGGUGGAAAGUAUACAAAAUGGUGACGUCACAACAGAUGCAGUGAAUAACAGUACAAUCAGUAUCGAUUCCAAAGAGGGAGACAAUGAAGAUGAUAAUUCCCUAAAAUCAAGUGGUAUGAAGUUAUCAUUAAGAACAGCGAAUGAUUUUGUAAAUAAUGACAUCAUUCAAGAGAAUGUGGUAAUGUCCUGUGAUGAUAGUGAACAGCAGAUGAAAAUGCACAAAAGUCAGUCAGGUAAUCUAGACAGCAUCAGUAGUGUGAUAUCUGCAGGGGACUCGGGACUUUGUAGCACUGACAUAUCACCUGUCCCUCAAUCUGAUGAUAAUGUCGAACCAGAAGACAAGAGUCAGGAAUCAGACCUGGAUGACUUUGGAGAUUUUCACUCAGAGUCUUCUGUUGGUAAAGAGGCAUCAAGAGGCAGUAUAGAAAACAUGGCAGUGAUAGAGGAAUGGAAAGAAAAUGUGACCAACAAGGGAAAUGUAGAUGACAAAUACCAAAGCAGUUCAAAUUCUGAUGACCAGGUAUCAAAUAGGAUAGGAUCUGAAAGUGUCAAUGACCAAGAAAUCAGAACUAGUCAAAUAAGGGAAGACAAUAUGUGUGGUUCUGUAUCAGAACAGAGAGCACAUGAACAUGAGUCUCCCUUAAGUAACAUGAACCAGAACACAUGUACCUCAUUUUCUGAUACCUCCAAAGAUGACCAUUCCACUGAAGAAAAAUUGACCAUGGAUCCAACUACAGAAGGGACACCACUGGAUGCUAGUCAGAUAACAAUGGAGACUUUUGUAACAGAUCAACAGCCGGAUGUGAACAUAAAGAGGGAGUAUGGCAUGUUAGGUGAAAACUCCGAAACAGAGAAAACAGACAUUGUAAAGGAUACAUGUGUUCAAGAAGAGGUUAUUCUAGAGAGUCAACAGAAUUGUGUGCAUAUGAUUUCAGAUGAAAUGGGUGGAGAGCACUGUCAUAAUAAAAUUGACAGUGACAGUAGUGAUGUUGAAAGGACAGAUAACUCUAAUAAGGAAGAGACAUGGGUAGGUGAGAACAAAGAAUCAACAGAAAUAACAGUGAAACAUUCAGAUGCCCCAGUAUGUGGUGAUGCUGAGCUCAGUGAAACAUUCCAUAAAGUGGAUGACAAUGAAAUUAAUUGUGAAUCCACUGAACAGUCACAAGAGAUGAAAGAUUCUGGAUUUGUUUUAACAGAUUUGAGUUCGUCAGAAGAAGAGAGCUGUGAGAAGAAAGACAAGACUGAUGCCAAAUUAGAGGAAAACUGUGAUAUUUCUAAGAAAAAUGAGGAUGAUAAUGAAAAAUGCAAUGUGAUUGACAAUGAAGAUUUUUGUGAGAAUUCUGUUUCUUCAGAAAAUGAAGAUUUACAGAUGUUAAAGAAUGUCCACCCUAAGCAAGAACUUUCUCAGAUUUCAGAUGACGAGUUUGAUGACUUUGCUGACUUCAAUUCAGCUUCUCAAUUCAGUGUACCAGAUUGUAGUGCGAACAAGUCCGGCAAUAUUCCUGUAGCUAAUUUGUCACCACCAUUUGUUGAGAACAAAUCAGCUACUCUGGACAUCAACAAUGAAGAUGAUGAAGAAUUUGAUGAUUUUGCAGAUUUUCAUAGCAGUAAACCUGUCGAAUUAGAUAAGCCUGUAUCUGAGUCGUUACCACAGACAAUUUCAAAUGGUAAUGAAAAAUCUGGUUCAGAUUUAAACUCAGGAAACUGUGACAAUGAUGUUGAUGAUGAUUUUGAUAGUUUUGCAGACUUUAAUUCACAUUUUUCUUCUGAAUCCAGUAAAAAUGAUUCAGGCACCAGUGCAGUACUAACAGAUAAGACUAAAUCAGGUUCAGUUAGCUUUGAUGCAUUUCCAUCAGCAUCUGCUGCUGAAGGUGAUCAUGAGGAUGAAGAUGAUUGGGCAACAUUCCAAACUCCACCUACACCUGACCAGGUGGGUGCUGGCAGUAAUGAAGAUGACGACUUUGGGGAUUUCGAGGACUUUGAGCAUGCAAGGAAACCCAGGGGCUUCUCAAAUAGCAGUGUUGAGGACUCUUCUGCACUUAAACAGCCAAAACCAGCAGUGACAAAGCCAAUGGUUAAGCGCUCUUCAGGUGAAGUGAUCACAUCAUGUUUCCCGGAAUCAUGUGUGAAUGACCAGGAUAAUAAGACACCUCUUCUUCUAGACGACUGUUGUCAUGGAAAUGUCAGUCCAGAGGACAAGUCGGCGACUGGACCACAGCUAUGGGCCAAGCUAAAGUCUCCUAAUAGCACCAUACAACUGUCAAAGCUGUGGUCAGAAUCUCACAGCAAUAGCAAACUGUUUACAACCCUACGCAUUGACACACGCAAUAUUCUACUAGGUCAUCGCAAGCCAUCAGUUCCCAUGUAUGCCGCCAAUCUGACCCUGUUGGAGCCAACCAAGGGCCCCACACCUCCGGCUGAGGGAAAGUCAGAUGCCAACAAAUUAGUGGACAUGUCAAAAUCGGAUGAUAAGCCAGCCAGUCAGGAUCUCCCGCCUGUACAGUUUGAUUGGAGCAAUAGUGGGCUUACUAACCCCCUGGAAGAUAGGAGAAAAUCAAAUACUGCCAACAGUAAAAGCCUUGAAUUGGAUUUUUUAGUUGUCAAAGAAACAGAAGCGGUGGCGAAGAUGGGAGUCUUUGACUCAGAGUUGAUGCAUGGUCAGCGGGACCCUAAGACAGCCAUGCAACCCCUGGAGAACAUCCUGGCCAACCUGAAGACCAACUCCACCAUGCGACAGGUGCGGCCAGCAGAGAACUUAACCCCAGAAGCAACAAAAGUCAUUAGUUCCCUACCAAACCUUUCAUUUAUGAAGGCAAGAGCUCUCAUGUUCCCAUUUAAACAGAGCUCAGACGUGGCAUGAACAUAACAGACAUUCCAUUGUUUUGAUAUGGUGAAUCUGACCUCGGUCCUGUAGCUCCUCUUCUACAACAACUGUGAUGUGACAUGACACAUAUUGCCAUAUUUCAUGGCUUAGAUUUCACAAAGACAAACCUGAUUCUGCCUAGUGCUAUUGUAGCGUCAGAAUGUCAAUAUGAUGCUACAGGUUGUACACAUGAAAGCUAUAUAGAGAUGUGUAUAGCCAGAGUGUUAACUGGCUUACACUUGGUGUAGUAACCCUAAUUUAACAUGUGUAUGGUGUAGUUUAUUGUCAUGCAAGCAUAAACAGAUGUCAGGGAUAAACAACAUGACAUCUUUAUGCAGUUUUUGUGUUGCUGUUUGAAUAUUUACAGACUGGAAUAGAUAUUAAUUUUCUGCAGGAUUACAAACAUUUUUCUUUUUACAACACUAAUGUGACCACACAGGUUUCUGGAUGAGAUUGAUGUUAUAUUUUGUUAUUGUUUUGAUAUUUAAAGGAUUUUAGUGUUAUAUCAUUGGGCCUUUAUGUGUCACACUCCCACUUGAAAUCUUCACUACAUCGAUAGAAACUUCUUACCUGAUGCCAUGUGUUUUUGUUGUCAUGUGAAGAGAACUGUCAGUUUGUAGAUUAUUUCUGGAUUUCUAACGUUUGGAGCACCAUCUCCAGUGCAUUUUUCACCUGGCAUUUAAAAGGCAAAAGGAGGAAAUGGAAAUCAGAAUUCAUCAAUAUAUAGAAGUCAACAAUAUGGAUACAAUUCUUCCUGAGAGAAAAUCUGCUCAGGAUUUACUGAAAAAAUACAGUUCAUAGAUACCCUUUUUCCAAAAAAAAAAAAAUUCUGUGAACAACUGUGUCGUCCGAUGGUAAAGGUGUGGUUGAAUGUGAAUUGCUUGGUAUCCACUUGUUAAGUGAUGCAUAGAUAGAGUUUUAAAUCUACAAGUUAUUUAUAGAUAAUAGUGUGUUAAAGGGAAGUAAUUCUGUACUAACGAGAAAUAAUUCCAUACUAGUCAUUGUGAACUUCUAGUUAGUGUUCUAUGUUAUGGUGACAGGAUUUAUAUUCAGCUGUAAAAUCAUGCUGCGAGAUUAUUAGUGUUGUACUUAGAAUUUCAGUUAGAUAACAGCCCACACAUAGCUUACUAGUGUCUGCAGCUGGGGAAGGACAUUGCUUCACUAGAAAGGAACUCCACAGCAUAGAAACAUAGAGAUGUUGUGAAAAAUUAUAUAUUUUGAACUUAUUAAUGGUAUGUACCUUUGUCAAAAUGGUGUCAGUUGUUAUAGAUCAUGUUUUUCUGAAAAGUGUGAGUCUCACUUCCAGUUUUUAGCUCACCUGGCCUUAAGGACUGAUGAGCAUAUGUCCUGGCACAUUGUUCGUCAUCCGUCAACUUUUUACUAAAAAUUGCUACUAGUCAUGAUCGACUGAACAGAUUUUGACUACAGAAGCAUCAAUGGGGAAAAGGGAACCUAAAUUUGGUCAAACACAUUCUUGAAUGAAGGGGAAUCAGUUCUUCUUAACAGGUGGAUUUUAGCCUCUUGGAGUGGGGGAUGGGGCCCAAUAGAGCAAAUGUUAGUUCUUAAAAAUCCUUCUUUGUGUCUGUUUGACCACAAGGCCAGGACCCAAUAGGGAAAUGAUUUCAGAAGUUAUUUGUCAUAUUUGAAAUUCUUCGUUAAAUGAUUGAAUGGCUGAGUUAGCGAGGUAAGUGAUGCAGGCCUCUAGUUUGAAAUUACCAAUCAGAAGUUCAUGGGCAUUCUCUUGAAAAAGAGGCAAGAAAUAAAUGUAAAAGUGCAUUAAACAAAAUAGUUGGAAGAUUUUCCAGUUACAAUAUAACAAUGUGAUAUGGAUGGUAUCACCUGUCAGAUACAUUUGUAACUCCACCAGGCACUUGACAAGAUUUUCUGAAGUGACCAACAGUUAUCUGGGUUUUCUAUGUUACUGAUUACCUCUGGAAUUGAUAAGACUAGGAAACCAACGUAACUGUGACCCCACUGACCUUUAGUUGUUAACAACAAUUGUGAUGCAUUCCUGUUCUGAAUUUGAAGCCAGGUAAAUGAAGAGAUCUACUCAAUUACAAAUAUUUUUUUUUUUUUUUUUUUUUGUAAAUCUCUGGAACUAUCAUUUCUUCCAGUUCCACUUUCACUGUGAUUUUUGAGAAUAAUAUAUUCCAAUAUUUUCAGUUGUAAUGUCAGUGCUACAUUUCCAAUUAGAUUAUCUAAACACCAGUAUAUCUGGAUUGGAUCCUCUAUAUAGUAUGUUGAGUUUUACAGAACACUUCAGUUCACUUAUCGGGAAAUUGUACUGUUGUUGACCAUACAUCACGCUGUAUGGACACCCAAAGUACAUCAGUUUACAGAGCAUCUACAAAGUACAAUAAAGUUACGUAGUAUUACCUUCCGAUUCCUUUUCCGUGCUUUCAUUUUAUGCAAAGUUACAGGAAUUUUGUUAUCGCAUUACCAAGAAUAUGUGUCUUGUCUGGUACUUGUAUGUCCACAACCUACUCUGGUUAACAUAGUUACCCAAGAUUGGAACAAGGGCAGUGUUAACGUCCACAAUUUGUGUGUACCAGUACUUAAGCAUUUGUAGAUUACAGGAUUUGAAUCAGAGAAACUUUUUCAAAUGUUGGUCAUGUAGAUAUGUGUUGUAAACAUGUUCAACAUAGUGUACAGGACAUUUUCAUACAAACAUGGUACAAGAUUGAUUCCAUACGUUUUUCUGUAUGGUUAAACAUGUUAGAAUAAAUGUUUUCUGGUAUGAAAUUCAGCAUUUAUUAUGAAUGUACCUGUAGUAACUUUUGUAUUGAUGAUAAAAGAACAUGGGUUUUUAUUUUUAAACAUUAUCCUGUGCAUAUUUUUUGUCAUUUAUCUCUGAAAUGUGUUAACGUUUUUUGAUAUGCCAUGGAAAAAUUGUAAAAUUUGAAGCAACAUAUCCCAACGCUGUCAAAAUCUCAAAAAAAAUGACGACAUUUGUCAGGGGUCCAUAUCAGUGUUAUCACAAGCUCAUCAGAUAUUCACUCACAACUCUGUACUUAUUUGUGAUCAAUUUCAAUAUUAUUUAUUAAAGUGUAAAUAUACACAAUUAUUUACCCUAUCCUAAUUUAACUUAAUUUAUUUCUUCUAACGCCAGCUACAGUAACACCUGUAUGUAGUAAUACUGUUUCUACAAUAAUAAAACCUUUCUCUAGACCAGCCAGAGGUUAUCACUUGAACCCCACUAUGUUGGACACAAAUGAAGCAUGGUUAAGCUGGCAAGUUCUUAGGUACAUGUAUAUAUUAGAGUUUUAUCCCUUAUGCCCUUGUUCAUUGUUUUUGAAACCAGAAGUACUUGGGCUCUUCUAAACUUAUUUUUUUUCAUAUUCAUGAAUCGCCAUCAUGAGGUAACUAAUUCACAUUUGAUUUCCAAGUUUUCCCUUUACUUCCUACUGUCUAUGUUUAUUGUCAGAUUUAAGGGAACUCGCCUUUUAUUAAUCUUUAAAAAAUUGGCAUCAUCAUCAAAUACAUCACUAAAUUUUUUUCCAACCUUUUCGGAGUUGUGUCCCUUCUCUGUUUUAAAUAAGCCUGUGAACCCAGAGUUCCAGUUAUGAUAGAAAAAUUAACUUUUUUAUGUAAUUUGUGAUUUCAAACCAUUCCAUCCAACUCUUUUUCAUUACAAUUGACUUUCCUUUCUCUGUAUGAAAUGGUUUAUGUGAUUGUAAUUGGUGAAGACCAAAUAGCCAGGUUUCAUUGUAAUCAGAAUUUUUUUCAGAUUGAUUGUCAUUGUGAUAAUUUCGACUCUAAUAUUUGAGAUGUGAUUAGCAUUUCACUUGAACUGUAAUAUAUAUAAUGUAAAAGUGCAAUCAGUAAUUGAAAAGAAGACAAAUAUGUAAUAAAACACAUUGUAAAUAUCACGUCUAAUUACAUGUAAAAGUACAGUCUGUUCAUUUGAAUGUCCUGAUACAUAAAGGAAAUUACCUUA